UCCAAACCAGCCCACCCUGGGGUCCCCUGGCACCCAUUCUCAUCUGAUAACCUGCCUACUCACACCUCCCUGUCCAAUUCAGGUAAAGCGCCUAGAGCAUCAACUUGCCUCCUCCUCUCCAGGCAGUUUUGCCCUCUGGGGUCCUUCCUUGUUCCUCUGCCUAUCUGGAUACUGGAGGUGGGGCUGACAGCUGGGUUGAUGCUCCGCCUCCAGCUCCCAUCCAAUCAGAAUCCCUUCCUCUGUGGGCUGGGUCCACAGGCAGCUCUCCAAGCCUCUAGCUCCUGCACUAGGCUUACAGCCAGGGAUGAUGUGCUGCUGCCGCCACUGCCACUGGUGCCGCCGCUGUCAGGGACUACCCUGUGCUCUGACGCUGUUACUGCUACUGCCACUCGCAGUGGCCUCUGAGGGCCCAAACCGCUGCGAUACCAUAUACCAAGGCUUUGCUGAGUGUCUCAUCCGCCUGGGGGACGGCAUGGGCCGCGGAGGCGAGCUACAGACUGUCUGCAGAUCCUGGAAUGACUUCCAUGCCUGUGCCUCUCGGGUCCUGUCAGGCUGCCCAGAGGAAGCUGCUGCAGUGUGGGAGUCACUGCAGCAAGAAGCUCGCCGUGCCCCACACCCAGAUAACUUGCACAUCCUCUGCGGCGCGCCUGUGAGUGUUCGGGAGCGGAUUGCCGGCCCAGAGACCAACCAGGAGACACUACGGGCCACAGCUCCUGCACCGGCUCCAGCCCCAGCACCUGUGUUGCUUGCUGCAGCUCUGGCGCUUGCAUGCCUCCUGGGGCCUUUGGCCUAAACAGUCUGGUUGGCCAGCCAACAGUGCCCUUACCUCCCAUCACUGCAUGCAGUGGCCGCCACGUGAGCUCUGCAGUGUGCAGACUUUUCAUUAAAGGAAUUUAUA